CACUUCUAAAUAUUCAUUCAGGCUGCAGCCCGGAUGCCAGGCUGGCGGCGUGAUUUGCAAUUGCUUGCUUGCAGUUUUUUCCGCUGUGGGUGAUGUGUGCAGGAAACCUGCCUAGUUUUAUAUGGUCACUAUAUUGGGUUUCUGGAAUCGUCCCCCGUACUGUUUAAUUCUGCCUAUGUAAAGGAUUUUUGGUGUUUGGAUGGGUGGGGAGGCUUCGAACAAUACGAAGUUUGCCUUGCUUUGAAAUUCUUGCUACGGAUAUUUUGAAAGGGAGAGAGACGCGUGGAAAAAUUGCGAUCGGUCCUUCCCGAGGCUCAGUUUUGUGCCUACGCGUCUUAAUACGUGAUGUGACAAGAAAAGCUGUAACUUGAAAAGGGGGUGCAGGGUGUGAGAGAGCUAAAUAAAAGAGUUUCUUCGCAGCUCCAUCCAUUUCAAUGGUGCAGCUUUCCCAGGCCCCUUUCCAUCGUGCAUCAUCACCUUCAGGCCGGUCGGAGGAAGGGGAGGAGAAGAGGAUGAAGGCGGCUAAGCAGCAGGUGACCCCGACUGGGGAGAGCCCGGCUCCCGCCAGCCCCCUGCAGUCCGCGCUGAGCACGGCGGCCUCUCCUUCCCAAGCGUAUGAGACCUACAUCGACAACGGGCUCAUCUGCCUCAAACACAAGAUCAGGAACAUCGAGAAAAAGAAGCUCAAACUAGAAGACUACAAAAAUCGUCUGAAGAAGGGAGAAACCCUCAAUCAAGACCAAUUGGAGGCAGUAGAGAAAUAUGAUGAAGUAGUGCACAAUCUGGAAUUUGCCAAGGAGCUUCAGAAGACAUUCUCGGGACUUAGCCAAGAUCUGCUGAAAGCACAGAAGAAGGCUCAGCGGAGAGAGAGUCUAUUGAAGCUUGAAGCAGAGAAGAAAAAGCUGCGUACAAUACUUCAAGUCCAGUAUGUGCUGCAGAACUUCACUCAAGAACAUGUUCAGAAAGAUUUCAAAGGUGGUGUGAAUGGUGCAAUAUACUUGCCUUCUAAAGAAUUAGACUACCUCAUAAGAUUUGCAAAACUGACGUGUCCAGAAAGAAAUGAGAACUUGCGUGUCGAAGACCAGAUGGAACAAUCAUCUCUAUACCUCUGGGACCUUCUAGAAGGAAGUGAGAAACCUGUGGUUGGAACAACAUAUAAACACAUGAAGGACCUGUUAUCCAAGCUUCUAGACUCUGGCUACUUUGAAAGUAUUCCAGCUCCUCGCACCACUGUGCCAGUUAAAGAAUUGGAAGAAGUAAAUAGAAAACCUGAGAAAACAAGACAGCUGUCAAAGGGAGAGUCUGCCAAAGAACCAGAAUCCAUUAUGGAGCUUAUGAAAUCUGAAAUACAGCCACAGGAGUUUCUCAACAGGCGUUAUUUGCCUGAAGCAGAAUACUCUGUCAAGAAGAAGCCAGAAGAGCCCAGAUCUUGGGAAGCCGAGUGUGCUAAAAAACAAGAACCUCCAAAGUCCUGGGAGAUGCUUGUUGAUAUUAAAGAGCAGGAGCAGAAACAAGAGACCUUAAAGCCUUGGGAAGCUCGUGUUAGACAGCAGGAGCUAAAAAGACCAGAUUCUCCAAAGCCUUGGGAAGCUCGUGCUAAAGAGGAGGAACAGAAGCGUGAGUCUGCAAAGUCCUGGGAGACCCGUGUGGAGGAGGAACAACAAAAGAAGCUGGAAGCUCCAAAGGCAUGGGUAGCACGUGUCCGAGAGGAGCAGGAGUCUCCCCAACCCUGGGUAGCAAAGGUCAGGGAAGAGCAGGACCUGAAGAAACAGGAAUCACCUAAGCCAUGGGUAACAAAUGUUAGGGAAGAGCAGGAGCAGAAAAAGCAGGAGUCCUCAAAACCUUGGGUAACCAAAGUUAAGGAAGAACCAGAAGAAAAGCAGGAAUCUCCAAAACCUUGGGUAACCCAAACUAGGGAACAACCAGAACAAAAGAAGCCAGACCCUAUGAAAACAUGGGAAGUGCCUGUUAGGGAAGAGCCAGAGCAAAAGAAGCAGGAGCCUAUGAAGGCUUGGGCUGCACAUGUUAGGGAGGAGCCAGAACAAAAGAAGCAGGAGACUCGAGAGGCUUGGGAAAAAGCUGACAGGCAGCAGCAAGUGUCAUCACCGCAGUUACAGAACCCUCCGAAGUCCUGGGCAGCUGCCAGUAUGGGGCCAAAGGAACAGAUGGGGCCAAAGAAGUUUGAUAUGGAACCCAAAGAAGUGCCUAAACCUGUACAUCAGCCAGCUGCAGAAUUUUGUUCUACUUCAACUCUUCCAAAAGAUCCAGUAUUGAGAAGGGAAAAACUUCAGGAUCUGAUGACUCAGAUACAAGGGACCUACAACUUCAUGCAAGAGUCCAUUCUGGAUUUUGAUAAAGCUUCACCAAGUGCCAUUGGUUCAUCCCAACCUCCUUCAGUUACUCCAGCAAGUAGUCCUGUAGCUUCAAAAGAGCAGAAACUGCCAAGUCAGAGUGAUUUUCUUCAACAGCCCCUUAAGGCUGCUGCUUCAUCCAUGGUGCUGCAUGGUUCAAACACUUCCCUAGCAUCUGCUGAUCAUGCUCUUUCUGGCUCUGAAACUGAAGACUUGGUGACACCACAGGCAUCAACACCACUUUCUCAAGAGAAUGAGAAAUAUACUUCCCAGCCUCUGUAUCAGACAAGUUCACGUAUUUCUGAGCCACUGAUGCCUAAAAAGAUUGAAAUUUCCCAGGCAACUAUUCCCCUCCCAAGUGAGCCGCAGUCACCAUUGCCUACUUCAAGCACCCCUGUGCCAUCAGUGCCACCAGCACAAAGCUUUCAGUCUCCUCCAGCAAGCAGCAGUUCUGUCACAAUAACAGCAGCUCCCUUUCAGGCUAUGCAGACUGUGUUUAAAGUGAACGCACCAUUGCCUCCACGUAAAGACCAGGAGGUUAAAGAGGAUUCUUUAUCAGCGGGAUAUAAUCAGAGUUUCUCCACAGCAAGUACACAGACUCCUCCUCAAUGCCAGUUGCAGUCUUCUCAUGUUGCAGAACAAACCUCUCUUUCACAAGAAUCUCUAUCUUCAGCAGUGAACUAUCAACCUGAUGGAGCUGUUUCUGUAAGCAAUGGUAGCCUUGCCUUUUAUCCAGCACAGGCUAAUGUUAUUCCCAGACCCCCACAGCCUUACCUCAACAGUCGUGGGUCUGUCAGAGGGUCUGCUAGAGGUGGAAGGUCACUGGCUAAUUCGUACCGCUCCCCUGGUGGUUACAAAGGUUUUGAUGUUUACAGAGGUUCACCUUCAUUAACUAAUGGCAACUAUGGCCAGCUACAGUUUCCUGGUAGAGAUUAUGCUGGAAUGCCAUAUUCUCAGAGGGAUGUUAAUUACCAGCAGUGUUAUAAACGAGGUGGGAUAAGCAGUGGUCCUCGAGCAAAUUCAAGAGCAGGGUGGAGCGACUCUUCCCAGGUGAGCAGCCCAGAACGAGAUAAUGAGACCUUUAACAGUGGGGACUCUGGGCAGGGAGACUCCCGCAGCAUCACCCCUGUGGAUAUGCCAGUGACCAGCCAGGCUGCCACCAUACUCCCGGUGCACGUCUACCCGCUCCCACAGCAGAUGAGGGUCGCCUUCUCUGCAGCUCGAACAUCCAACCUGGCCCCUGGAACUCUAGACCAGCCCAUUGUGUUUGACCUGUUGCUGAACAACCUUGGAGAAACUUUUGAUAUCCAGCUUGGUAGGUUCAACUGUCCGGUGAAUGGUACCUAUGUCUUCAUCUUCCACAUGCUGAAACUGGCUGUAAAUGUGCCUCUGUAUGUGAAUCUCAUGAAGAAUGAAGAGGUCCUUGUGUCAGCAUAUGCAAAUGAUGGGGCUCCUGACCAUGAAACAGCCAGUAACCAUGCAGUCCUGCAGCUGUUCCAGGGAGAUCAGAUCUGGCUACGGCUGCAUCGGGGAGCCAUCUAUGGAAGUAGCUGGAAAUACUCCACCUUUUCGGGAUACCUCCUUUAUCAGGACUAAAAUCCAGUACAAUGUUUACAAAAGAGCUGCUCCAAACACCUUGGUGAGGGGGGUGGGACUAGCUUUGCACUUACUACUGACUUUAUAGAGGAUAUGUGGUUCCAUUAUUGGGGGAAAUGGUGGUCCUGAUUUGCAAGGUGAAAUCAUGGAGUUGGGGUACUGAAUCAGCACUAAUUUGGCACUUUAUCAGUUGUGAUGUAGCCUUGCUAAUAAAGCUGUGAAUGUAUAUUGUUUGCACUUACCCUAAACUGUAUUAAUGUCCAGCUUACUACACUAUUGAUUGCCUCAAGUAUGGGCUAUUCACAAUGCCUUGUUGUGCCUCAAUAAAACAAGUUAAUAUG